ACUUGAGAUCUUCCAUCGGGACGGUUCUUAUUUGCGUGAGUGAAUUGAGUCUGUAGAAAAUGCGUCAGAGAGCUUCGGUGCGGAGCCGUGGCUCAUCUUCAACGACUGGCAGUGAUCCACGGGAGAAGAUCAAAGAUUGCUGCCGGAAAUUUGUGGCUUUUAUGUGUACACAAGUGGGAGUUGGGGCACUUAUUGUAGCCUAUGCCCUUGUGGGUGCGGCAGCAUUUAUGUCCGUUGAGACGCAGGAGGUGAAUCCUCAGCUGGAGUAUGCGAUGAAUUUGAGACGAAAUUGUGCAAUGGAUCUGUGGACAAUUGUUGAGGAGCACAAUUUGUUCAAUAGAUCCGAAUGGUUGAGGGAUACUAAUGAAGUGUUGGUGAAAUUUCAGUCAGAUUUUGCGGCAUUAGUGCGAAAGGGUUACGAUGGUAGAACUCCAGAUGAAGUUUGGACCUUUCCGGCUGCUCUGAUGUUCUGUUUGUCGGUAUUCACGAUGAUUGGGUAUGGGAAUAUGGUGCCACGGACACAAUGGGGCAAGGGUACGACGGUUAUCUAUGCUACAUUCGGUAUUCCUCUGUAUAUCCUGUAUUUCUUGAGUAUGGGUCGGGUUUUGGCUCAGUGCUUCAAGUGGCUGUACAGAUGGUUUCAUGAGUGUAGUCAUGAAGGAGGAACAGAUGGGGCUACCAUUGAUCCCGAAUCGGGUCUCCCGAAGAAGGUCAUUGUGCCCUCGACAGCCUGUCUCUGGGUCAUUAUUGCGUAUGUGGCAACAGGGACCAUUAUGUUUGCUGAAUGGGAGAAUUGGAAUUAUCUGGACUCGGCAUAUUUUUGCGUUACGAGUCUCUGUAAGAUUGGUAUUGGGGACUUUGUCCCAGGAGCCAAUAUUCUUGAUUCCCAGAGUGGAAAACAAACGAAAUUAGCCAUAAAUUUUGUUUACAUGCUCUUUGGGAUGGGUCUUGUGGCCAUGGCGUACAAUCUCAUGCGUGAGGAAGUUCGUGUGAAAAUGAAGGAGAUGAAGGAAGAUCUCAGACUCUGUAUGGAAGAUGUUCGAUUGAGAUUUGCCAAAUGCUGUGGUGACAGUGAUAAAGAUUCUGCUGAAGACUUUUACUUUGAAUAAGUGAAGUGCGCGUUGUAGACAAUUUAAACAAAAAGAAAAAAACUACAAGAAUUCCAUUUAUAUUUAUAGCAAUAUGUUUUUAUUUAUAUUGACUCGAUGGAAUUACUGGGGAGGUGAAUGUGAGCGAAUAAAUUUGAAAAAAAAAAAUAAUGUGAAGAUUCUUAAGUGGGUCAGAAAUUUGUGAGUGACUCGGUGGCGGAUGAUGAUGUGAGAGAGACAGGAAAAUAUUCACCAGAAAAUCUAUUUUUAGCACUUUCGCGCAAUAUUCACACUCUCACCAGAGUCAGGCGGAGGGAGAGGAUAGGGGGAAGGCGUAGAGACUUCCACGAGGAAUCGCAGCGUAAGAGACGGAGGAUGCUGGGCAACAACCCAGCGAGAUUAAGUGGCUCUGGUGGCGGACCAAUCCGUCUGACGGGCGUCAGUGGUUUCGAGGGACGCGUGAAUGAUGUGAUCUACUGUCCACCGCUCCAGAAGCCCUCAGAGGCGGACGGAGAGGAGCCAGAAAAUACGGCAGUUGUGUACUUUGGUGGUGACAUUCAGGACUUCCCAGAGAAUAUGCAAGUUCAUCGAGACAGUAAGGCCUAUAUAAAGUAUAAUUUGGAGAAUACGGCGUUGAUGCUGCGGAAUAACUUUCCAAAGUCCCACAUUGUGAUAAUAAAGGCCGUCAGCCAUGUAUAUUUUAGGAUGGAAUUCAAGACAUUCAGCUGCUAUGAUAACUUUGUGAGGGGCUGCAAUGCCGGAAUUCCAGAUCACACACCCAUGAAUCAUGCACUGCAACAUCUCGAAAAACUCUUGCAGAACAUCCCAGUGAGGAUUCGUUCGAUACCAGAAAGUGAGCUCAUCAGUCAAAUGACGGCAUUUUCGAGCUCAACAAGUGCAACGGCGACGACAACGUCAACGGCGACAGCAACGAGUUCAACGGUAACGUCAAAUGCAGCUGCUCAGGAUACUGGGCAGGAUAUGGACAUUGAUAUUCUUCAAGUGCAGGACACUGUGAAUGUUGAGUCGGACAGCGGAAUCGGUUUCACCUGCAAGGACAACUCAUGCAAUUCAAUUCCUCGAUUGCCGACGGAUUUGUCUCUCGAUCUCCUUCAGGCUGCUGAGGAGUCCGUGGACUCAAUAGGAGUUCCUAAUGCCAGUGAUUUGCUGUGGUGGCGCGAAGGGUUGAACCUGGACAAGGCCACACUUACGUUGAUUGCCUUCAGCAAGGGCAGCGUGGUGCUCAAUCAAUUUAUCUAUGAGUUCCACUACCUCAAGACCCUCACGCCCGAUGACAGCAGCAUGAUGAGGCUGGUGUCGCGUAUACGUGACAUGUAUUGGUUGGAUGGGGGUCACAGUGCGCCCAAGAAUACGUGGAUCACGUCACGGAGUCUACUGGAGACUCUGACGCGACUCAAUAUCAAUCUGCAUGUACAUGUGACGCCGUAUCAGGUGCUGGAUGAUCGGAGGCCAUGGAUAAGGCGAGAUGAGAAGGCUUUUACGGAUUUACUGAAGAGAUUGGGAGCACCACUUACGCGGAUUCUGCAUUUUGACUCUGGUGUGACGAAUCUCUUUACGCACUUUGAGGUGCUGGAGGUGUUUCGGCAGGCCAGGGUGGAACCUCCGGCGCAACCGGAAGCGGUGCCCAGUGAAGCCACCCAGAGCACAUCGAGUGCUCCGGCUACGUCCACGAGUGUCUUGCAGGAGACUGGAAAUGCCAAGAAUGCCGAAAGUGAGGAGAACUGACAGAGAUCUAAAAUCAUCCGGAUUUCUGGUGGUGCAGAGUGAUUGUUCAAUUUUUGAUUUUGUGAGUGAGAAUGUUUUAUUUCUUCUUUAUUCGUACAAUGUGAGUGUCCUGUCAGUCCCUACCCCCCACCAAUUCCCUGCCAUCUGAAUUAAUCCGAGUUUAAUUCACUUUCACUUCCCAAAAAACGUUCCCCUAUCCCUUUACUCUGUCAGUCCAUUCCUCAUGUUUUUUUUUGUUCUAAUUUUUGUCUCUAUUGAACGAAUCGUGCAACUUUGCAGCAUUUUACAUCGAGACUUUUAUGACCUUUUUCAACCUCAAUCAUUUAGACCAGAUAACAAUUUUAUUUUUAUUUUUAUUAUUUUAUAUUCUGGGGGAUUAUCAAUCAGUUCAAAAUGUCCAGUCUCGAAGAUACAAAAAAAAAGAUUUUAUUGAUGAAAUUUAGUCCGACUUUAGCAAAAAUGAAAAAAAUAUAUAUUUUCAUUAUUUGUAAAUAAACAUUAAAUUUUCUCACAAAAAAAUGGAUUAUGAGAAAAUAAAAUGGAAACUUUCAAGAAAAAAAAAUCUUAUCUAAGAAAAAAUUAAUAGUUCUUUGUGUAAAACACAUUACCAAAAAAAAAACGGUUGAGAACAAAAAUAUCACAGAGACAAAUGGAAGGAAAUAAAUAAAACUAUCAAAAAAUCAAA